CCGACGAAGAGGGUAGCGUGUGGACGGGUGCGGCUCUCGGCUCGCCACGCGGAGACGGCACGAGCCCCGAUGCCGCCGCCCCGCCGCGCCGGCGCGGGCGACACGAGCGCCUUCUUCGCGGCGACGCUGGUGCUGUGGGCCGUGUCGGUGGGGUUCGAGAUCGGCGCGCGGGGACGCCGCGAGCUGGCCGCCGUGGCCGCCGGCUUCGCCUUCUUCCAGGCCGCCAACACGGCCGUCCGCGCCGCGGUCUCCCGCGACCCGCUCUUCGUCAACACCGCAGUCUCGCUGCUCCACUCCUCCCUCACCUCCGCCUCAGUUAUCUUUGUUCUAUUGUGCCAAUGGCGUACCAAGGGCCUUGAGAACAUGUUUCAGCAUGAAGAAUUAGUUGGUAGCAGUUGGAUUGGAGCAUAUUCUGCUCUGUGCUUUUCAUGUGGCUACUUUGCUUAUGACCAAUUGGACAUGCUCCGCUACCGGCUGUACAGUGGAUGGAUUCCUGGGAUUCUGAUGCAUCACCUUAUUCUGCUUAUUUGCUUUACGCUAGCUCUGUAUCGGAAUGUGACAAUCAACUACCUAAUUCUCACUCUUCUAUGCGAGAUGCACUCCAUAUUCUUGCACGUACGGAAAUUGAGGAGGAUGGCUGGAUUCCGGGAUUUCAACAGAAAACUUGUGAAACUGGAAUGGGUACUCAACUGGACUACCUUUGUGACAGCAAGGGUGAUCUGCCACAUAUUGAUCACAUACAAACUGAUCACCGACGCACACAAGUUUGAUAAAGGCAUUGAGCUGCCACUAGCUCUUUCUGGUAUGGCAGGAAUGAAUGUGCUCAAUGUAUCUUUAGGGCUUGAUCUAUUUAAAGCGUUCGCGCGAGAGAGAAAUCAGCAGACGCAUCAGGACUGAAUGUUCUUGACAGUGUAGUGUAAAUUUUGGUAAGGUUAUAGUCACACCAAUGUAAAUCAGAAGACAGAGGUAUGUUCUAAGUGUUGUUAGCCUCUAGACUGUAGUGACAACCUAUAUAUGUAAUCUUAUGUAUGAUGAAUUUGUAUUAAGAUGCCUCGCGGAAAGAUUCUCUGGCUUUUGCCAGCAUUAGUGGAAUUACAUAGACAACCCAACCUGGAUCCAGCAUUUGUGCAGAUUUUUUAAAGCAUUACCUCUGUCCGAAAAA